AUGGUGAUGAAAAGAGAAGUAGCCUCGAUCCUGGACAUGCUUGCGACGUUUACCUCCCUGGCGGUUUUGAGACUGUCCAUUCUAACCAGUGCUGGAGGACUCCUCCCCCGAUCCAUGUACUUCCGCUUCCUGGAGCUGUUGUGGGCCUUCACCAAGAUGGCAGUUGUGAGACUUGCUCCGUCUAGUCUGUCCAGUGUGGGUGGACCCCACAUCAGCGGACUUCCAGAACACGCCCGAUCCUUAAAGGCUUUGUGGUCUCACGGGGCUGUCUGUCAGAACCAGUCAACUGCAGGAUGGAGCUGCGGUCAUCUCCACAAGGACUUCAUCUGCUCAAGAGGUUGCCUGUGUCAUCAGAGAUCAAGGCAAUUUCACCGCUAUCGGAUCGGGUAUGACCCGGUGGGUCGAUUACAACGAGCGGCAAGUGUUGGGGACCUGGUGACAACAGAGAAUAUGAUCCACUCCAGGAGACAUCAUGUGGAUGAAUAUGAUAGACGGGGCAGGACAUCCCUACAUUAUGCGUGUGCCCACAACCAUCCAGAUGUGGUAACACUUUUACUGGAAAAUAACUCCAACAUUAACAUCAAGGAUGAUGAAGGCUGCACACCGUUGAUUAAGGCCGUGCAGUGGCAAAACACAGAUUGUGUUUCUAUAUUGCUCAAGUACAAUGCUAAUCCAAAUCUGUCAGAUUUCCAUGGGAAUACAGCCUUUCAUCAUGCCGCUUCUAGGGGAAACAUAAAAAUUGUACAAUUGCUCCUGGAGUACAACGUUGAUUUUGAAGCCAAAACAAAGUAUGGCUUGACACCAUUGGAACUUGCAAUAUAUGGACAUCACCCUGAAAUGGUAAACUUCUUAGAAUCAAUGAGUGCAGAUGCACAGGCCAUGCAAGUGUCAAGCAGUGUAAGAAGACCAGCACAUAAAAAAGGAGUGAAGCAUGUAAGAUUUUUGGAAGGAGUAUUUGUUUUUAACAAUGAAAGGCCUUUGUCCCGUCGAGUAAGACCACCAGGACAGCUAAAAUCCAUUCUGAAAACAUCAAACCAGCAUAAUUCAGAAGCUGGUAUACAAAUUACAGGAAGAUCACCAUGGUGUGUGAAUGUGGAUAAUGUCAGCUCUACCUCCUCUGUGAAGGGAGAAUCAGUGAGAAAGAGCCACAUAAAACCUAAGAGGACCCAGAACAGUUUUAGAAAAUCUGGACUUUAUUUGUGUUCUCGUUUAGAGCCAAUUCCUGAAGAAUUGGAAGAAGAUACAUCUGCAACGGAUGAAAAAACUAAAAUGGAAAAUUUCCAUUCCGUGCCUUCUGAGGCUGCUGCUGAUGUUGGACCUUCCGCUUAUACUGCUGACAGCCUGGAUGCUGUUGAGCCUGCGCAGACUAAGUCCACCAAUGCCGCUGCCAGUCUGACUGCAGCUGAGCCUGCGCCAACUAAGUCCACCAAUGCGGCUGCCAGUCUGACUGCAGCUGAGCCUGCGCCGACGAAGUCCACCAAGGAGGCUGCCAGUCUGACUGCAGCUGAGCCUGCGCCAACUAAGUCCAUCAUUGCCGCUGACAGUCUGACUGCAGCUGAGCCUGCGCCAACUAAGUCCACCACUGCCGCUGCCAGUCUGACUGCAGCUGAGCCCGAGCUGUCCCUUACAUAUGCUGCUGACAGUACUGUGUCAGGUGACUCAGGACCAGCUAGUCACAUUGGAUUGGAUUAUGUAGUUGAUUUACCUCUUUACAAGGAGAGUACAAGUGAAGAAGAAAUAUUUUAUACUGCUUCUUCAGAUGAGGAAUCUUUUAUUCCUGACAUAGAAGAAGGUCUGCCUGCUACUCAGGCACCUGUUGAUAUUUUUGAUGCUUCUGCGUCAGCUGAACCAAUAAACCACAGCAUGAACCCUCUCAGGAAGAGUGGAUAUCUUCGGGCACCAGCGAUAGCACACAUCCCCUUUUUGCCUUUUAUAUGGCUUGUAUCCUCACUUUUCUCUGUCAUAACAUGGAUGAAAAUCCAAAUUCAACAUGCAUGGCAUGAAGAAAAUGGCCAUGGAGCUCCCACUAACAAAAAAGUUGGACCAGUGGCUGCGGCUCCUGAUCCCUAGACCCUUGAUGUUCCUCCAGGAUCGAUUGGAAUGCCACAGCAGUCUGUGUGGGAGAAUUGAUCAUAUAUAUAAAUUGUUGAGUUAAAGGUAUAAUGUGAUAGUAGACUGAAGUAAAAAUUUAUUGUUUCACUGGA